AAUCGCUUGUUUAUCUCAUCCGCGGUCACUCAAAAUUACGGCCGUCUACAGGCUGCCGACAGGCUGUCGUCUUGCAUAUGAUCUUGGUAAACUGGAGAUACAUUGCAUUUAAACGCAACGCUCGUCAGCCAAACAACUCACUUGAACUUUCAGUGUAGACAGUUUCUGUAUAGCUCCAAUUUAUGAUCAUUAUACUUUCCUGGUUCUUGGUAUCAGUUCAGCCAAUUUGCUUGUAUGUUGCAAUAUGCUGAAAGUUUACGCACGCCUGAGGAUUAAAGGAGUUACGUACGAGAUGGUGAAACACCAUAUAACUAUUGGUCGAAGUUCUGCCAAUUACCCUGUGGAUAUUGAUAUAGGUCCUUCAUCAUACAUCUCUCGCCGGCAUUUGGAAAUAUAUUGGAAGGCGAACUCCUUGAAGUUGAAAUGCAAGGGAAAGAACGGGAUUUUUAUUGACCAGGUGUUUCGACCUCACUGUUCCCAUCUUCUCUCCAUUCCACUAAGAUGUAUCCUUCGAUUCCCGAGUACAUCGAUUUGCAUUGAAGUUGAACAGUGUUUUAUGACUUACGAAAAAAGCAAUGCUUCUGGAGAUCGCCUUUCAUCAUCUUUGGAAAUGGAUUCAUACGAGUCAGGAGGAAAUACUCUACUGUCUAGUGUGAUAACUAGUGAUAAAGAAUCAUUGUCAUCAAGUGAUUUCAAGCGUGAACUUUCUACUGAGAUCUCAUCAACUAGUCGUACACGUCGUAAACAAGCAUUGAUACCAACUUGUAGAACUACCUAUCAUAAUCAAAAUGUAAAAACCGUCCUUCUUAAUGAUUUGACUUCAAAUGAGGACAAGAAUAUUGAUCUAGAUCAACCUGAUAAAAAGGAUAUCAGCCAAAGUCAAGAUGUUUCUUCUAAUCAAGAAAGUAAACAUACUACUACCGAUAAAGCCAAUGUUCAAUAUAUUCAGUUGAAUUCCAGAGUUGAUAUGUCAUUUUCGAGUUUAAAUUCCUUUUUCAAAGAUCUAGUUCCUACUGAAUCAUCACCACAGAAAUCUCUUCCCACAUCUAUUGUUCACCUAUCAAGCAUUCCAACAACAGUAGUAGAACGUGGAGAUCGAUUUACUAAACCGCCUUAUUCGUAUGCUCAACUCAUUGCUCAGGCAAUUUCAAGUCAACCAGAUCGUAAACUCACUUUGAGUGGAAUUUAUGACUUCAUUAGCAGAAAUUAUUCGUAUUAUCAGUCAACUGAUAAAGGUUGGCAGAAUUCAGUUAGACACAAUCUAUCACUCAAUCGUCAAUUUGUAAAAGUGCCCCGAUCUCAAGAAGAACAUGGUAAAGGCUGUUUUUGGAAAAUCGAUCCAGCUCAUGAAAUGAAGUUACUAAAUAUUGCCUAUCGCAAACGGCGUAUGCGACCUUGUGAUACAACCGGAUGCUUUACACAUCAGUCUUCAAACACCAGAUAUCCAUUAUCAUCAUUAUCGAAUGGAAAGCUUUACAAUUAUGUCCUUCCACCAUCAACAUCCUUCAUAGGUCGAUUGAACAAUAGUUCAGUAAUGAUGUCAACAGCUGGUGUUUCGCAAAAAUCAUUUAAAAGAUGUCAUAAGCUUUCAGAUCAAUCAGAGCUGCCGUAUAAGAUCUCUUUAUCUUCUUCACCUACUGUAAAUACACCUUCAGCAGUUAAUCAAUACAAAGAAGAUAAGUCGAAUGUGAUCACCUUACAACCAGUGAUACAAAAUUUUAUUCCACUUAAUCAAGCACUCGACCGAUGCCAAAUCAACUGAAUAUUACUCACCCUAUUUACACUUGCCACCUGACCUGACCAAACAUGGGAUCUAGACAGAGCGAAGAUAUCUGUUAUGAAAGACAGCUAGUCGGCUAGCGGGCUUUUUCAUGUUUUGCACUUUCAUUAAUGGGUGCCAUGCCUCAAUCACUCACUCACUCACAGCCAGCCAGUGAUAAACGAGUACGGAGCGAACUAACUGACCAUUUGAAUGAUAUUACUAUUCAUUACAUCUAAUAUAUAAUUCAAGUAAUGAAUUAUGUAACGAAUCCCUGAUAAAAUUGUAUUGUAUAUCAUACAACAACAAAGGUGUAUCAAUAAAAAAUAUGCGAAAAUUAUUUCUUUUCCACUUCCAGUGCCUUCUUCAAUUUUACGAGUGGUAAGUACAAGACCGUGUAUCACCACUUCAGUUGUCAAGUCAAAUGAAUAUAAAGCAGUGGAACAUUACAACGCUUUGUCGACUUCUUCUGCUGUCAUUAUUCAAUCUGCUCAUUCCCCACAAUCUAUGCAUUCCAGUCCUACAUAGCGCUUAAAAUAAGUAUAUUCAGUAAUUGAAUAACAAUUUAAUAUAGUAUAAUAUAAUAUAAAACUGAUACCUUUGUUCACAUUACUCUAUGCAGCAACCUAUUAUUUGUGCUUUUAUGAAUAUAAUAUACAACAAUUUUUGUUUUGUUUUAUCAGCAAGUUUAUCCAAUUAAUAUGUAGAAACAGAACACCAACAGUUGAGCUGUAUUCAUAUACAUAUAUAUUAAAUAGUGUACUCCGUAGGGGGUGUGACUGGCUGUUCAUUUUCGUAAACAAUGGCUGUGUACCUGCUUUUUGCUUCUUUUUUUUAUAUACGUAUACGUGUAUACAUUUGCAUUUUAUUGAUUUUCACUACUGUCUCUACUUUUGUACUCCCCUCUUCUUUUUUUUAUCACAUUUUGACGUUCGAUAUAUAUUUUCUGAUUGAUCCCUUUUUAUAUUCUUGUUGUGUAGCAUAAUGCCUUCUGCUGUCACACAUACAUACACACACACGCGCGCAUAAUUGAAAUUGCACUAAACGCAUAUACACAUACAUAUCUGUGUAAGACAAUCACACCUUUCUUUUUUUACUGAUUAUUAUUAAUUUGAAGUAAAAUAUUGUGAUAAAAAAUUUCAUAUGAUCA